CAUAGCGGGUGAAGCGGCAGCAGCAGAGGUAGCGGUGACUCCGGUGAGACGGCAGGAGGAGACUGCGCUCUGCCUUCCGUGUUGUCAAAGUUUCACCUUUCACCGCAUAUUGUUUUCCCCCGAGCCAGAGUUUCCCUCCGUUUUCUCUUUAUCUGCGAACAAAUAAACAACAUUAUUUUUGCUUGCAUGUCGUCUCACUGAGAACCGGCCCUGUCAACACAGAAACAACUCGGAGUAUAGUCAACCGCCUCAUCCAUGCAGUGGAGUGCUGGGCCAAGGCUCACCGGCCCCGGCUCCAGCCAUGUCGGUCAGGAAUACAUCGGCUGGUGGCGGUGACAGAGUGGGAGGCGGUGAACCGACAGAGGAUUUGCUGGUUGAGGAAAACCAAAGCAGCUGCAUGUCUCUGUCCAGCCUGAUGACCGCGUCCUCAGUUGCUGGCUCGUCCAUGAGCACAGAGAUGCCCCGGAAGCGUAAGGGCAGCAUGGACAACCAGGAUUCAAGAUCUGCUUCCAUCCCUGAUGUAGAUAUGGAAGAUGACCAAAACGGGUCAGAUGGGGAUGACCAACAUGUUAAAAUGAAAUGCAUCAGGGAACCACACAGCCAAAUUGAGAAGAGGAGACGGGACAAAAUGAACCACCUCAUUGACAAACUGUCAGCCAUGAUCCCGACUUGUAACCCCUUAUCCCGAAAGCUGGACAAACUCACUGUUCUCAGAAUGGCUGUGCAGCACCUCAAAUCUCUCAAAGGUUCAUCAAGCUCGUUUUCUGAAGCUCACUACAAGCCUUCGUUCAUUCCAAAUGAGGAGCUCAAACAUCUUGUCAUUAAGGCAGCAGAUGGGUUCCUGUUUGUAGUGGGAUGUGAUCGUGGAAAAAUUGUUUUUGUCUCAGAGUCCGUCAUGAAGAUAUUAAAUUAUAGUCGGGCGGAGCUGAUUGGACAGAGUCUGUUUGAUUACAUUCACCCAAAGGACAUGGGAAAAGUGAAGGAGCAGCUGUCAGCCUCUGAAUUAUACCCUCGUGAACGACUAAUAGAUGCUAAAACCGGUCUGCAGGUCCAGGCUGACCUCCCAGUCGGUGGAGCACGGUUGUGUUCAGGUGCGCGGCGCUCUUUUUUCUGCCGCAUGAAGUACAACAAAAUUUCUGUAAAAGUGGAGGAGAAAGAGUUCCAGGCCAGCUCCUCCAAAAAGAAAGAGUCACAGAAGUACUGCACAGUUCACUGUACAGGCUACAUGCGCAGCUGGCCAACCAGUCAGUUGGGAGCAGAGGGUGAGGGCGAGGCAGAAAAACAGGACAGCUCCCACUUCAGCUGCCUGGUGGCAGUGGGACGUGUUCACUCUCAUUCCUCUCCCCAGGUGAACGGAGAGGUCAAAGUUAAAUCCACAGAGUUCACCACGCGCUACACCAUGGAUGGCAAAUUCACCUUUGUAGAUCAAAGAGCUACAACCAUUCUUGGUUACCUUCCCCAAGAGCUGCUAGGGACAUCAUGCUACGAGUACUUCCAUCAAGACGACUUACCACAUUUAGCUGAUAGACAUCGAAAAGUGCUGCGGAGUAAAGAGAAAAUUGAGACCAACUGUUAUAAGUUCAAAACAAAAUAUGGCUCUUUUGUCACUCUGCAAAGUCAGUGGUUUGGUUUUGUAAAUCCCUGGACCAAAGAAGUAGAAUACAUAGUGUCAACGAAUACAGUCAUAGCUCAAGCCAGUCGAUCAGGAAACAAGUCUGAACAGUCGAGCAAUUCCAAGACUUCUGAGGAAGAUGGUAAGAAGUCCCUUCCAAUCAUACCAGGCAUCUCCACCACACCUGGAUCUAUGAUUUAUGCUGGAAGCAUUGGGACUCAAAUCGCCAAUGAGCUGCUGGAUUUCAACAGGAUGAACUCAUCACCUUCCAGUGGCAACGUCAGCCCUUUCAGUUUACCACUGGAUAAAUCUCCACAAAUUUACAAUCAAACCAGCAACAAUGUGCCAAAUGGAGAGGCAACAGAUGUGGAGAUGCCAGGAAAGUCCAGCUCAGAGGACGAGCCCCAAGGUGCUGCGUUCUCAGGAGGAGAAACACUGAUGGCUCAUCUCUCCUCAGGUGAGAAUUCCCAGCUGGAUUUGGACAGUGUGGUUGGACCAGGCCUAAGUAGUCUGAGCAACGAUGAAGCAGCCAUGGCAGUGAUCAUGAGCCUCCUGGAGACAGACACAAACUUGAGCGAUGCUGUGGACUUUGAAGAGAUGCACUGGUCUUUAUAGAAUCUGUUCUUGCAGUGUGACAUUGUAGCACACUGUAAAAUAUACUUUUUUUUUUCUUUGGUAAGAUGAACUGCUCGAACUCUUACACCACAUUUGAUUUUUAAGGACUUUAUUUAUUUGCUACCUAUUUCCCCAUAUAAGCUGUGUAGUCUUCGGACGGCUGCUCUUACACGUUCAAGGUCAGUGACAAUUAAGGAAAAAACAUAUUUCCCUCUUCAGAAGGAGGAUUUGCCUCUAAAGCCUUACAGCGGUCCUCCUGCCCUGAAAACACUGUUCCUGACUUCUUUCCUCACAUCUACUGUUCAUCCUCUGUUUAAAUGAAAAGGUUUAAGGUUUUAAAAAACCCAGACAAAGCUCAGAUCAUGACGA